GAACCUGGCUAGAGAACCUGGCUAGGCUGCUGAUCAACUGAACACUGUCCUCGUGUCAUUCCUUCUUCGCUGACUCCGUCAACACCUCCCAGCUCUCCAGCCUCGGCUGCCAUUUCCUCGCUGAGCCUAACAGUCCGGCAAAUCCCAGCACACAGCGAGCAGGACAGAAGCUCCGCCAGUCGAAGGCCACUGGUCAGACCCUUUGCCUCAGCCCGGCCCAAUCCAGGCUUCGGCGGUGGCCCCCAGCCCACCCCCGUGGCACGCUCUCUCCUUCUUUGUGCUUCUCACGGGCCACGCGAGAGGAAGGGCUCCACGCGUUCCAAGGCAACACAGUCGAGUCCCCUCCCCCUGGAAGGCUCCCUAAGGAGUAGCCACGGAAGAGGAGGCGCUGGUGCGGGUCCCGGGGGCACCAUGGCUACCGGAGCGAAUGCCACCCCGCUGGGCUUCCCAAGUAAGAAGUGGAAGAGGAGCCACUGGGAUCAAGACACAAUGGAACAGAAAACGGUGAUUCCAGGAAUGCCUACAGUGAUCCCCCCUGGACUUGCUCGGGAACAAGAGAGAGCUUAUAUAGUGCAACUGCAGAUAGAAGACCUGACUCGUAAACUGCGGACAGGAGACCUGGGCAUCCCCCUUAACCCUGAGGACAGGUCCCCUUCCCCGGAGCCCAUCUACAAUGGUGUGGGGAAGCGGCUUAACACCCGCGAGUUCCCCACGUGCAAGACGCUGGAGGAGGAGCGGCAUAACCUCAUCACAGAAACGGUUGCUCUCAACCCUGACUUCAGGCCACCCGCAGAUUAACCCGCAACGCGUGUGAGCGAUAAAGUAAUGAUUCCACAAGAUGAGUAUCCAGAAAUCAACUUUAUGGGGCUGCUAAUUGGGCCCAGAGGGAACACAUUGAAGAACAUAGAGAAGGAGUGUAAUGCGAAGAUCAUGAUCCGGGGGCAAGGGUCUGUGAAAGAAGGGAAAGUUGGGCACAAAGAUGGCCAGGUGUUGUCAGGAGAAGACGAGCCACUUCAUGCCCUGGUUACCGGCAACACCAUGGAGAAUGUGAAGAAAGCAGUAGAGCAGAUAAGAAACAUCUUGAAGCAAGGGAUUGAGACCCCUGAGGACCAGAAUGACCUUCGGAAGAUGCAACUUCGGGAGCUGGCUCGCUUGAAUGGGACCCUUAGGGAAGAUGAUAACCGGAUCUUAAGACCCUGGCAGAGCUCAGAGACCCGUAGCAUUACCAAUACUACAGUGUGCACCAAGUGUGGAGGGGCUGGCCACAUUGCUUCUGACUGCAAAUUCCAAAGGCCUGGUGACCCGCAGUCAGCUCAGGAUAAAGCUCGGAUGGAUAAAGAAUAUUUGUCCCUCAUGGCUGAACUGGGUGAAGCUCCUGUGCCAGCACCUGUGGGCUCCACCUCUGGGCCUGCCAGCACACCUCUGGCCAGUGCACCUCAGCCUGCGGCUCCCGCCAACAACCCACCUCCACUGUCUCUCAUGUCUGCCACCCAGAGCCGCCCACCCUGGAUGAAUUCUGGCCCUUCAGAGAGUCGGCGCUACCAUGGCAUGCAUGGAGGUGGGCCUGGAGGCGGCCCCCACAACUUCCCACACCUUACAGGUGGGCAUGGUGGGCAUCCCAUGCAGCACAACCCUAAUGGACCCCCACCUCCUUGGAUGCAGCCACCACCACCACUGAUGAGCCAGGGCCCCCACCCACCUGGGCACCAUGGCCCUCCUCCGAUGGAUUAGUACCUGGGAAGUACGAGCUGGGGUCUAUCGCCUACAUCAAGGAAAUGGCAUGAUGCCGCCACCGCCGCCGCCACCCACUGGGCAACCUCCUCCCCCGCCUAUUGGUCCUCUUCCUCCAUGACAACAGCAGCAGCAGCAGCCUCCACCACCCCCUCCGCCCAGCAGCAGUAUGGCUUCCAGUACCCCCUUGCCAUGGCAGCAAAGAUCCCUCCCCGCAGCAGCGAUGGCCCGAGCCAUGAGAGCGAGGACUUUCCACGUCCAUUGGUGACCCUUCCAGGCAGACAGCCUCAGCAGCGCCCCUGGUGGACAGGAUGGUUCGGCAAAGCAGCCUGAGUUAUUUUUGUGGACACCCUCCUCCGCCCCGGUAUCAUCCAUAUUGGCCGACCCAGAGGGCACAGCUGACUCCCCCCCGACACCGACACCACCAUCAAGCGCGGCCCUGAUGGACCCUUUGAUGCAGCCCUUCAACUCACUGAAGCUUCGGGAAGCCUGUCACCAAUGACGCUGCCCGCUAGCCGGAUCAACAAGGACAACCAAACCACCGACUUGAGGACAGCUGAAAUCCCUUGACUGAAGAGGCAGCAACCUUCUACAGGAACAAGGCUCCUUGUGCACUCC